CAGUCUCUGGGAUAUACGUCAUGUCCAGCAAGGGAGUCCUUCAGUGACCCCAGGAUGGGGCUGCUUCUCUCUAGCUGAGCAAUCCUUCCAGAGGGAACUGAGCAGGGAGGGGACGGGCCUGCAGUGUCCCCUCCUGUGGCCCCGGGAUGCUGGACUCCUCAGUGGCAGAUCAACUGACCCGACUGACCCUGAAACUCCUCGAGAAGAAACUGGAGCAAGAGCGUGAGGAUGUGGAGGGGGCCUCUGAGGACCCCCAUGAUGUGCCAGGAGAUGAGGACGGGCCAGAGGCUGCCCUGCGGAGCGCUCUGAGGAUGAGGAAGGACCUUCUGCAGAGACUCUGGGAACAGCGCCUCCUGGAAGAGGCUUCCCGGGUUUGUCACCACAGGGGACUGCACGGAGGAGCCCAUGGGUCAGUGCUGCCCCCAGAGGCGCCUCCCGUGGGCGUCCACCCCACUGUCUCCCCAGCCCCACCUGCCCUAGACCCACCACGGAUCAUCCAACACCCGGCCCCCCCACCUCCUGCCACCAUCAUCCAGCAGCUGCCUCAGCAGCCACUCAUUGCACAGAUCCCCCCUCCCCCGGCCUUCCCCACCCAGCGGUCAGGAAGCAUCAAGGAAGAGGUGGUGGAGAUGAUGCUGAUGCAGAACGCGCAGACGCACCAGCUCCUCAUGCAGGCCUUGAUGCUCAGAGCCCUGCCCCCGCCAGCACUCGCGCCCACCCCCCUGCACCUCACCCCACAGAGGCCGCCCUCCGUCCGCCACCACCACCGCUAUGCACCUCCAGCCCUGCUGCCGGCCAUGCCUGCGCCUGGCUCCCCUCUGGGUUACUCCGUGUGGCCCCUGGUGGUCUCAGCCACUGCUCUCCCACCUGCUGCCAGCUUCCUGCCCAGCACCACGCAGUACAUGACUGGCCCGUCUGCGGCCGCCCUUGGCACGCUGGCGUCCAGCGGGGUCCUGCCUGCACAGGCGCCAGGCCCAUGACCUCACGGCAGGCUCAGGUAAGCAGCAGGCCUCGUUCUGCCCAGGGGUGGGGCAGCUGAGGCCCCUGGACACGGGGCUGUGAGGAUCACAAGGGGACACAGGGAUUUGACCAGGAAAUGAGGCUCAGGAGCCAAGGUCGAUAGGUUCAGCCACAUAAAUGCCAUGAACACAGUCACACAUGUGGUGCCCGGGGAAGGCGCUGAGGCAGGAUGUGUGCCUGGCGUGCCUGGGUGAGGGCAGGGUGUCUGGGUGAGGGCAGCGUGUCCAGGUGAGGGCAGGGUGUCUGGGCAGGGGAUCUGGGUGAGGGCAGGGUGUCUGGGCACGGCACCUGGGUGAGGGCAGGGUGUCUGGGUAAGGGCAGGGCCACGGGCUGGCUUGAGCAGUUUCUCCUCCUGAAGUUAAUCACUAAAGCUGGUUGAGGGGGACUCUCCUCCAUCUGAGCCAGUCUGGAUUCUCCCAAUGGGACACGACACCUCUACUCCAUUUUUUGCUCUUUUAUAUUUUUCUGGUGGAAUUGCGCUUCCUGGAUGCUUUAUUAUCAUUUCCAUGUAAAUGCCCUUUGUAAGCAUUAUGCAUGUUUGCAUUGGCCCCUUUGGGGAUGUUACCUCUUUCCUCAAGUUCCACAUGAGCAGGAGCUCUGCUCGGGUCUGUGUCCUUGGAACUGCACAGCCGCCAGAAGGCUCCUCAGAGGAAGAGAUGACCUUGGAAUUGCCCUCCAGCUACACACAGGCUCCCCUGCUGGGCUGACAGCACCCCAGGCAGCUCCCCAGUGUCCAGAGUGCCACGGGCCUGGGUGCAGCAUGUCCCGAUGUCUGUAUAUCUUGUUCAAUGGGCAAUUAAAGGUCUGACCCAA